GAACGUCCUCGGUACCCCGCGCGUUCGCGUACAGCAGAGCCGUACGUGAUGGUAUCCACGCCGACACCUCCACCGGCACGUACGAGGACGCCAUUGGACUGGCUCCUCCGUCGGCGAAAGACGCAGGUCUCAAAUGACCCUACGCCGCCUCAGAUAUUCAUCGAGCCUCCGUCCCAAACUGUCUCCACCAUAUCAUCAGCAAGGACUGAAGCCCAUCUUCUGACUCCAGAGCAUGCCGAACGACCGCUACCCGCCAUCCCAAGUAUCGACGAAGCACUGCAGGCCAUCCUAGGCGACACUGAACGUCCGCCAGCUCCAGUCAACGCUGAUGCAGCGAUACCCGACCUUCCUCGUCCUGACCCUACCCCUGACCAGUUCCGCGACCCCACCAAUUCCACGGUGUCACCCCUCACGACCGCCAAUCUUACUUCACAAGUUGAUCCGGCGAUCCCUCGCGUCACGGAGCUCCCGCUCGGCUUCGUCCCCGUCCGCAACGAAACCGACUACUUCAGUCUGAAGCACGAACCACUCGGCUCAACACUCGAACGCAUACGUGCAGAUGCUCGCUCUCCUUCUGACCGGUCGCUCAGGGAGGACGGUCCAGAACGUUACGCAGCUGCUCCUGUCCCACCGGGAGUCGUAUAUCCCGACCUGCGUGGAGGACAGCGGCUAUCGCCUGUCGGGGAGGAAUACCUCUCCCCUAAUCGCCUCAACCGACCCAUCUCGCUCUUCAGUGAAGAGUGAUUCCGCCGUUUUCACAUUGACAAUGCCAGAUAUCUUAUCGGUUAAUCCCACGCAACGGGAAUCUUGUUUGCACCGUCCAUCCAUUGUUGUACUCUUUGCUCGUCGUCUCAUCAUGCUUUGCAUCGCACACCAUGAACAGUAUCCAUUAUGCACUGUACUUUUACACAAUAACAAUGUUCG